UUUCUCCAGCGGCCCUUCCGGUCUGUGGGAUCGAGGCCUCCGAGGAGAAUGCGUUUUCCUGCCCCGCACUCGGAACUUAGGCUUGCCUCCCUUCCUGGAGGGAAGAGUUAAAGGGACGGACAAAAAGGGGGCGGGACAUCCGGAAGGCCUCUGAGAGCCCCGGAAGCGCAAUUCCCGGCGCGGUUUCCUCAGUCAGGUCUGUCACCUCAGACCCGCCGACGGGAGGGAGGAACACCGGAGGGUUGGGGCCGAGCGUCCAGACCGGCGCUACCGUCGGGGCCACCUGCAGGUCGCAGUUGUCUGCUCUUUGGUCCCUCGCUCCCGAGGUGCGUCGUGGACGAGCUGCUGUCGCCGUCAUCCUGGAGAGCGGAGCGCGCUGGCGUGGCGCCGAGCGGGGCGAGGCGGCACUUUUUGGUAUAAGGCUGCUUCUCUUGAAAGCAGUCCUGGCUUCUAAGACUGACAUCCAAAUAAUUCUGGAAGAAGAGCUGACAGUCGGUGCACCCUAACAACCCUGGACAGAAACCAGCAUGUCUCAGGCCAGCAAGAGGAAGCAUGUGGUGCAGGAGGUGCUGGGGGAGCACAUGGUGCCUUCUGACCAACAGCAGAUAGUGAAAGUCCUCAGGACUCCUGGGAACAAUCUGCAUGAGGUGGAGACAGCACAGGGGCAGCGCUUCCUGGUGAGCAUGCCCUCCAAAUACCGCAAGAACAUCUGGAUCAAGAGAGGGGACUUCCUCAUUGUUGACCCUAUUGAAGAAGGGGAAAAAGUGAAGGCUGAGAUCUCUUUUGUGCUCUGCAAGAACCAUGUCCGCUCUCUCCAGAAGGAGGGUCACUGGCCUGAGGCCUUCUCUGAGGUAGCUGAGAAACAGAACAAUAUGAACAGAGAGAGUCAGCCAGAACUCCCUGCUGAGCCACAGCUGUCAGGGGGAGAAGGGUCGAGUUCUGAAGAUGAUUCUGACCUCUUUGUCAACACCAAUCACAGACAGUAUCAUGAGAGUGAGGAGGAGAGUGAAGAAGAGGAGGAGGAGGAGGAAGAGGAGGAGGAGGAGGAGGCAGCCUGAGCCCCAGGACCCACUUCUCUACUUGCUCAGGGACUACCCCUUGGCUUUUCUGGGCUUGGACAUUCCCAGGGUGCCCUGCAGAUCUUUUCCUUUGGAUGGGGACAAAGAUGGUCCCUUUCUAACUGACCUAAAAGAAUUAAACCCCUGGUGGGUGAUGACUUACACUGGUGUCUGAGUGGCUCUCUGUGGAGGGAAACUCAUGGUGAAGUGAAGUCUCUUUGGUGGUGGAAGCCUUGGUCACGUGUGGGUAGAAUGGGAAGGAAGUGGUUUGGCCAGACUCUGCUGCGUGUGUCUGGUUCACAGUACCUCUCUGUACACUUUAUGCCUCACUCUACGCUGUGCCUUACUGGGUCUUCCCUCAUACCUGCUUACCGUCAGUAGUGAUUCCAAUAGUUAAGCCUGUUGCCUAGGAUCUAAUACUCACUUGUCUCUUAAGCACUGCUCAGGGAAAACCUCUUGGUGCCUUGUUGUCCCUUACUGCAACAGUGCCUACUACCUGCCAUGCAAACAUGACCCAUGUACCCUGUCCGUUUCUCUUCACCUUAGCCACCUGUCAUUUCCAGAAUGUGUCUGUGGUCAGGAUAACCUCCUUACCGUCUCCUGGUUUUUUAAUUUUUCCAACUUCCUCAGGGUAUUAAUUUCCUGUAAUCUUGAGAUGGUCUCUAAUGUAGGUUUGCUUGGGAAUCACUGUGUAGCCUAGGCUAACCAGCUCAGUGGCUGUCCUGCCUCACAGGCAUGAACCUGUGGGGCUCCUAACCUUUUAUUAGAGGCUAGUGUAACGCCCUUACCCUUUGUACCUCAGCAUCAAAAGGCUGAUCAUGGUGACUCAGACCUCUGCUCAUGACUGCCUCCAUUACUUUCAUUGCCUUAAUUCACAGAUCUUCAGUAGCCCAGGUACUCAGUAAACUACGAGCGUCUGAGAACUGUGUCCUCACUUAUUGGGAGGCUUUUGCUUCUGGCUAUACACUGCUGAAUCCCAUUGAAAUUGACCUCUCAGCUCAGUCUUGCUCCAUCCCACAGUGGACCUCUUCAACCCUGUUGCCCACUCCUAGUGUGUGUGUGUGUGUGUGUGUGUGUGUGUGUGUGUGUGUGUGUGUGUGUAUUUUUUCCACGUGCACUUGUUUGGAGCCUUCCUUUUGUUUUCUAAGGGAUUUUGUUUUUCUGUUGUGGGUAGUUGGUUGAGUGUGGAGGCAUGUAUUAGCUUCAUAUGCUAUAUAGAAUUAUUUUUGAACAAGAAAUCUUAUGAUCACACCCUCUCUGGCUUUCAUUUAUGUUCGUCAUGUUUGCUUUUUGUGAUAGUAAAUGUAUACUUGGGUAUACACAUGUAUAAAAUACGGAUGUAUAUACAUGGAAAAAUAAACUAGAUGGGUUAAAGACGAACCUA